AUGUCUCUCAUUUGCGAGCGAAGGCACGUGCAUUACCGCAUUGUCUUCAAAGAGCUCGGAAAGUCUCUCCGUGAGAUCCACGAUCUUCACGAUGCGUUUGAAGCGCUUAUAGACGCAUUGAUGGCACUCAAAUUACUACACAAGUAUAAAUUCGUGCAUCGUGGUAUCGGUGCCGGAAACAUCUUGCUCAUCGAAAAAAGAGGUGUGCUGGCGGAUCUCGAUUCCGCGCAAAGCUUGUCACCGAACUCUUUGCUCAAAGAUCCCGUGGGAACAUAUCCUUUUAUGGCCAUGGAGGUAUCGGUGCGGAGCUAUUUCUUCAUCCUUCACAAGAUGCAGAGCUGGCAAAUUGCCCACUGA